UUUCCUGCGGAGUGGAAAGGAUUAACUUGGCGAGAUAAAGGCAACGAGGGAGGAAAUCUUACAAUAAUUCAAUUUUGACCAAAUUCUGUUGGGGGAUUCGUGGGAUAUCAUUGGACGUGCGAUGGACUCCAACGCGGGGGAAUAUGGCAUGGCUCGUCUUGGAUUGUUUUUGGUUUUGAUGGGGCUGUGGAGAUUUAGUGAUGCUUGCCCUGCAUCCUGUACUUGCAGCAUCUCAAGGAUUGCUUGUAUUGAUUCUGUACCAGGGAUCGAGGAUUUCCCAGUCCUCACGUUAGAUGACAUGGAAAACAUCACCGAGAUAUUCAUUGCAAAUCAAAACAGAUUAUUUGACAUCAAUGACAACAGCUUGAAGUACUACAUAAAUCUCAGAAAUCUAACGGUGACAAAGACCAGAUUGACGUCUAUAUCAUCAGAUGCCUUUUUCAACAAUACAAGACUUCAAUAUGUAAAUUUCAAAGACAACAAUCUAUCAACACUGUCAUGGAGAACAUUUCAAAACUUAAACACGACAUACUCGCUCCUCCUCACCGGGAACCCUCUGGACUGUGUGUGUGAGAACAUGUGGAUCAAACUGAGGCUACAAGACGAAAUUGAGAGUCAAGAGCUGAAAUGCAUAGAUGACCGAGGAGUGAGGAAGGCCUUCACGAAACUCACUCCGCCAGACUGUGAGGUUCCCCAAGUGGAGGUCACCCCCACAAUUGUGACCAAGAUGGAGGGGAGUGAUGUCAAAGCAGUGUGCAGUGCCUCAGGCUCCCCUCCCCCUGAGAUCCUGUGGAACUUUGAUAUGCUCUCUACCAGCUACGAGAUAGAUGCUUUGGAUCUGGAGAGCAGCCUCACCUUGUCGGGCCUAUCACCUGAUGAUAAUGGCAGAGUGAUCAUCUGCAGUGCCGAGAACAUGGUCGGUCAGACCGAGGCUACCCUUCAGCUCAACAUUCUCUUUGCCCCCACCAUCCAGCAGCUGCUGGGGCCUGAGAGGGACCACCACUGGUGCAUCCCCUUCAGCGUGACGGGGAACCCCAAGCCCCAGCUGCAGUGGUACCACGAGGACAUGCCGCUCCAGGAGCAGGACUUCAUCCGCACCCGAAUCCACCUGUCCACCAAGAGCGAGUACCACGGCUGCCUGCAGCUGGUCAACCCCACGCACAUCCAUAACGGCGAGUACACACUGCUGGCAAAGAACGAGUACGGCCAGGACGAGAAGAAGGUCUCCGCCCAGUUCAUCAACCCACCUAAUAUUGGACACCCAGAUGAGCCCUUCUACUAUUACCCAACUGACCCCCCUCUCCCCCCGCUGGACGACAGCGUUGCAGUGUAUGUAGUGGUGGGCAUCGCAGGUGUGGCUUUGACUGGGUGCGUUCUGAUGGUCAUCAUUCUAAAAUACGGAAGAAACUCCAAGUUUGGCAUUAAAGGCUCCUCCUCGGUCAUCAGUAAUGACGAUGACUCUGCCAGCCCUCUUCAUCACGUCUCCAAUGGCAACAACACCCCGUCGUCCUCGGAGAUGGGUCCAGACGCAGUGAUCAUUGGGAUGACAAAGAUUCCUGUCAUUGAGAACCCACAGUACUUCCGUAACUCUGGCAGCAUGCUGAAAUCUGACACGUUUGUCCAGCAUAUCAAAAGACACAACAUAGUACUGAAGCGGGAGCUGGGUGAAGGCGCCUUUGGGAAGGUCUUCCUCGCUGAGUGCUACAACUUGACACCAGACCAGGAGAAGCUGCUUGUGGCUGUCAAGACUCUGAAAGAAGCCAGCGAGAGCGGCAGAGCAGACUUCUACAGAGAGGCAGAGCUCCUCACCAAUCUGCAGCACGAGCACAUCGUCACCUUCUACGGCGUUUGUGUAGAGAGCGACCCCCUGAUCAUGGUGUUUGAAUACAUGAAGCACGGUGACCUGAACAAGUUCCUCAGGGCCCACGGUCCUGAUGCGGUGCUCAUGGCGGACGGUCAGCACAGUAUCCUGGUGGAGCUCACCCAGUCCCAGAUGCUGCACAUUGCCCAACAGAUUGCUGCUGGCAUGGUCUACCUGGCCUCUCAGCACUUUGUCCACAGAGACUUGGCUACCAGGAACUGCUUGGUAGGGGAAAACCUGCUGGUCAAGAUAGGAGACUUUGGCAUGUCCAGAGACGUUUACAGCACAGACUACUACAGAGUGGGUGGUCAUACGAUGCUGCCAAUCCGCUGGAUGCCCCCAGAGAGCAUCAUGUACCGGCGGUUCACCACUGAGAGUGAUGUGUGGAGCCUUGGUGUGGUGCUGUGGGAGAUCUUCACCUACGGCAAGCAGCCCUGGUACCAGCUCUCCAACAAUGAGGUAAUUGAGUGCAUCACCCAGGGGCGUGUGCUGCAGCGGCCCCGCACCUGUCCCAAGGAGGUGUACGACCUGAUGCUGGGCUGCUGGCAAAGAGAACCCUACAUGAGGCUUAAUAUCAAGGAGAUUCACAGUCUGCUCCAGAGCCUUGCCAAGGCCUCACCUGUCUACCUUGACAUACUGGGCUGAUUAACUGGUGUGUGUAUGUGAGCAUGCAUAUGUGCGAGUUGGGGCUGUGGAUGUGGAGAUGGUACAUUUGUAUGCAUCUCUGCACAUGCAUGAGACGGAGGGAGUAAGGAAAACGGAGUAUGUGUGUGAAUGCGUGAGUGUGUGUGUGUGUGUGUGUGUGUGUGCCUGCGUCUAUGUACAGUAAAUGGCUGUAAAUGUUAUUGUAAAUGCUAUUGUCUGUGUCUUCAUUGCAUUGACAAAAGCCUUAAAUUUUGAGUCUUUUUUUUUUCUUUUUACUUUCCUCUCCUGAUCCAUUUACUGAGGCAUGUUUCACAUCUUGAAACCAAAUGCGUACUGAAGCUGUCCAAACCAUCAACAAACCAUCCUACACUCUUAAAAAUAAUGCUCAAAUGCGUUCAAGACGUCAAACAAAUUAAAGUAACCUUGAUUAAUGGGUUAUUUUGUCAGUUGGCCUGGCUUUGUGAAAAAAGGUCACAAUCUACAUUCACUGCAUUAAAUUAUCAUGGUCUUGUAUAGUUGUACACAUCUUUAUUGGGGAUGAAAAAAGGGAAAAUUGUGUGUCUCGCGAUCACCGAUGAUGUAAGGACACAACUGUACAGAUUCAGCUUUUCUCCUCUCAUUCACAAAGACAUGUCAUGCAGAGCUGCGUAAUCUGUUGACACAUGGGAGAUAAACCUCAGUUAUCAAGUUAUAUCAAAAGCUAUUGCUUUUACACAUGCCAGACUACUAUAAUAAUAUUGUAGGGAACUGUAAUAGGUAACAGGGGCUUUUGACUUUGUUAUAGAUUGAAAUCUCUUAGUUUUGGUACAAGCCAUUCAUUAGCACAAUUCUGUCAAACCUUCUAUGUGUUCAAAUAGAUAUGCGCAUAUCAUAUACAUCAUAUUCAUAUUCACAUCAUAUACCC